GUUUUGCGGCUACAGACGAAUAUCAAACGUUCAGGAAUACUUCAAACGAAGUAGUUUGCUUCGCGGUGGCGACUUGGACGCCGCUAAUCACGUUUACUGCGUGAGAGAAGAACUCGACAGUGCCGUCGGUCCGUCGGAAAUCUUAGGAAAAUGCGUCGCACAAAUGAAGAGCGUGGAGUACGAAGUGCGUUUAGAGUUAUCAGCGCACGAAAGAAAAAUUGUGCAAGCUUAUUGCACCUGCAAGGCUGGAUGUCGAGGCUGGUGGAAGCACGGCGCGGCGCUGGCCCUGUAUGUCAACAACCACCAACACACGUCGUGUACUGACCUGCCGUGUGCUUGGCAGAAGCCAUCGACCCGCCCAACGCUUGACACAAAGAAGUCCAUCAGUGAACUAUUCCCGAGUCGUCCCAUCAUAAAGCCAAUCCUGAGGCCCCUCAGCCCGACAGUGGUGCACAGCCAGUUUCCCGACGUGAACUGCGCGUUGAGGCAUGUCAUCAAUUUUGAAGAGAGUUGUGCGAUUGAGGCACCUGAUGCUGUUGUCGCCGUUGCUGCCAAGCAAGUUGACGAGUCGCACAGCGACCUUGUAAAAAACAUAUUUAAUAAUGUGCGGCAGCUUCACCAUAACUUUGAAGUUUCAACCACAUUACCUCUGAGGCUCACAAAGUGUGACAUGUUGUCCACGCUCUCAGGAAAGAAGAAAUGCUUUUAUCAGAGUGUGGUAAGCAAAAGCAUGGAUGAGGUUGUUGAAAUUGCUUUAGCAACAAGGCGGCAAGCAUCAGUGACAAGGUUUGUUGUCAUAUUAUAUUAUUAUUGUAUCCACUUGUGUUUCUUGUGUUUCCUCUUAUUGAUGAGCAUAUCUAAUCACAGAUGGCACACAGAACGCCGUCUGCGGAUAACAAGCAGCAGUGCACACCGCAUCAAAACCAGGCUCAACAACUAUGAAACUCUGGCAAGUUCCCUCGUGAGGCCAAAGUUCUUCUCAUCUGCUGCAACUUCUUAUGGAAAACAAAUGGAAACUGAAGCCAGAGCAGAGCUGUCCACAGCACUUGGCGCUGUCAUCCAUGAAGUUGGCCUUUUCAUCCACCCGGAGCAACCCUGGCUAUGCUGCAGCCCAGAUGGCAUUCUGGAUUCAGAUGGCAGAAUGUAUCUGGUCGAGAUAAAGUGCCCAUUUUCUUUAAAGGAUAAGAAACUUAUCGACCAUGAACACGAAGAAAGCUUCGUGCCAUACAUACACUAUGUGAAUGGCCAACUUCGUCUGAAGAAGACGCAUCAGUAUUAUUCUCAGAUGAUGAUUAUGCUGUACAUUUUAGGUAUCGGAGAAGCGUUUCUUUAUAUUUAUUCAUCACAGCAAAGCAUCACUGUAUGUGUACAGCGCGAUGAAGCAUUCCUCGCAGAAUAUGUGCCCAAACUUGAGACCUUUUAUUUUAAACAUUUCUUAAGUGAGAUAGUUAAGCACACUUGAAAGCAUUCUCAUUUUUUUGCUUCUUUUAUGUACAAUGUGAUGCACCAGUGAUAUUGCUCUAGUGCUUUGAAAUGUUUCAGAACUUUGUGUGCCAGUAACUGUAAAUGGUACUCUGUUGGUUUAUGGUGUUUAACGUCCCAAAGUGACUCGGGCUGUGAGAAUAAGAGACGCCAUAGUGGAUGGCUCGGGAUAAUUGCGACCAGCUCAGGAUCUUUAACAUUGUCUGCUAUGAUCGGACCUAUUAUGUUUGGAGCUGAAGACAAACCGGCAACACCGUGCAUGGUUCCUUCUGAAUAAUCCGCGGGAAAGUUGAUAAACUUGGUGACUAAGCCAAGUGGCCAGAUGGCUGGUGCGAAGAGAGCCAGAGAAGGUGACUAACAAGAAUGACAUGCUCAGCACCUUUUCGUGUCCAGGUGCAGGGAUUUCUCACCUUGCGUACUGACGGCUUCGGCAUUGUUGCAUUGUCGCCGCCACUGAUAACGAUCAGCUCUGUCAAGUAAUCCCCAUGGGGUGUCCUAUUGAGACUGAUACUGCAUUUGACAAAUGAGGUGAACAAUGUUUCCCCUAUUAAGUGGUCUAGGGAAAGCAAGAUACUUUUAAGCCGCGUUUUGACACGCUGUAGUGAUUCCCGCAGCCAGCAUGAUGUGAAUCAACAUCUUUUCGAUUUAACAAGGUAUUCCUCACUGAUGCUUGAGGGCUCCCGGCCGAAAGGCGACAAUGACUCUUGGCAGUACUGACAUCGCAGCGUGCACGAGCUUCUGUAAAUAAAUAGUAGUCUAGUCACCGAUUCACAGCAUUUGUUUGCAUUUUUGUGUGUCCUGGUAGAACACAUACCCCUGAUCCUGAUCUCUUACUUUAUACUUUUGCUAAGUCCACUAGGGAAUAGUACAUUUUGUCAGUAUGCCUUUGUAGCUUUCUUGUGUAACCAUGCACGGCUAGUGCCAG